CAAUGACUUUCUCCAUUCUUUAAUGUUGGCCCCCUGGAUCAACCAAUCCUCAUAGAAGUUUUCUUCUCAAUUGAUUUUCCUCCAAAAGUUUUUUUUCUCAAAUUUAUUGGUAAAUUAUCUUCUUUCAAAAAGCCGGUGAUGAUCAUCAUCUGUGCAUGACAGAAUUAAAGAACAACAAUCCAAAAAAAAAGAAAAAAAAUUCCCUUUUUCAAUCAUUUGAAUUUCUUCCAAUUUGUUAUUAUUUUUAUAUAAUAACUAAAUAAUAACUAAAGAAUCAAUCAAUCGAGCUGAUUUUGCGAACUGGGUUCCUCUCAAAAUUUCAAAUUGGUGAAUGAUCGGUUAGGGUUCUUACAUCUUCAAUCGGAUCAAGAUUUCACCUUUAUAUCGAAAAACGAUGAGGUUCCUGAGCCUCGUCGGAAACUCGUUCGGUUGCUCCGCGUCCGGCGAACGAUUAGUAUCGGCCGCGAGAGACGGCGAUCUACAAGAAGCCAAGGCUCUGUUGGAUUACAACCCGAGGCUCGCUCGCUACUCCACCUUCGGCGUUCGUAACUCUCCUCUCCAUUACUCCGCCGCUCAAGGCCACCACGAGAUUGUUUCUCUGUUGGUGGAAUCAGGUGUUGAUAUUAAUCUCCGGAAUUACCGUGGACAGACGGCUUUGAUGCAAGCUUGUCAACAUGGUCAUUGGGAGGUUGUUUUGAUUCUCAUUCUUUUUGGUGCCAAUAUUCACAGAACAGAUUACCUAAACGGUGGGACUGCUCUGCAUCUGGCGGCUCUUAAUGGACACCCUCGGUGUAUCAGGAUCUUGCUUUCCGAGUAUAUACCAAGUCUCCCCAAUUGCUGGAGCUUGUUGAAGAGUAGUAACAAAUCCUCCUCUGUUUCUGGAUUUGAUCGAAGUGUAAUUCAGGAAGUGGUAAACAGAGCAGCAGAUGGAGGAAUCACUCCUCUUCAUGUGGCGGCUUUGAACGGACACAUAGAGACGGUUCAGUUACUCUUGGAUUUGGGAGCUUCUGUUACUCAGGUCACUGUGGAAGAUGGGACCACUAUAGAUCUUAUAGGUGCUGGGAGUACUCCUCUUCAUUACGCUUCAUGUGGAGGAAACACUCAGUGUUGCCAGCUUUUGAUCGGCAAGGGUGCCUCUUUGGCUGCUGUAAACUCUAACGGAUGGACGCCAUUGAUGGUUGCUCGCUCAUGGCACCGGGACUGGCUCGAAGAAGUCCUGAACCCAACCACAGAUCAGCCACAAAGCCAUCCACCAAAAGUCCCUUCUCCUUUCCUCUGUCUUCCUCUAAUGAGCAUUGUCAAGAUCGCCCAAGAAUGUGGCUGGCGAGAAAACGAUUGUCUAACACCAUGUCGUGACCCUUGCGCCGUUUGUUUGGAAAGAAAAUGCACCGUAGCUGCAGAUGGAUGUGGUCAUGAGUUCUGCACAAACUGUGCGUUAUACCUAAGCACCACCACAACCAUAACAUCCUCAAAGACAACAUCACAAGCCACACCAGGCUCGGUCCCAUGCCCUCUCUGUCGCUACGGCAUUGUCUCUUUCACCAGACUCCCCGAUACAACAGCAAUAACUACUACAGCAACAUCGUCGAGAACAAGCAUCUCUUUGUCCUCCUUCUGCACUUGCUCCUCCUCCUCUGAUGUGUUAGAUACAGCUCUUCUUACCAACGCUCAACAGUUCAGUUGCAAUAAACCGGUUGUUUCAAGAACCGGUUCUCGGAUCUCACAGUCCGUUGGAUCAUCAUCGUCGUUUCGGUCCCUUAGCUGCCAUAGGUUUCCUCCAAGUCUCUGCCUCGGCGGUGGCUCGGAUGUUGAUGAACCGCAAAGACGGUUAAUGAAUGGAUCGUAUUCAAGAUCCGGUUUAGGGUUCAGGCGGUCCUCGUCUCAGGUUGAAGGCAAACGUUCUUGGUUUUCUGCGUUUAACCAUUGUGUUACUGCCGGUGGAAGUGCUUGCUAAACACAAACGCAAUCGCUAUUUUUUUUUCUUUCUUAUUUUUUGACAAAUCUUUACUCCUAUUUUUGAGGAGAAAAAAAUGUGCUAAUUGGUUCUGUAUGUGAAUGGUGUGGUUAUUAUUUAUUUUGUAACAAUUGAAAAAUGUUGUAAUAAAUAUAAUUAAUUUGGCUUUACGGUUUA